AUUGGAAUGCGUUGAAAGCUUACGCGGCUAAACAACAAGUAGGCCUGCUCUUACCUGUUUUCCAAGUUCAGAACUGUUUUAUCCUCUCUCCCCACUCCCUCCCUAACCAACGGCCACCACCACGGUCACCGUCGUCUUUGCCCGGGCCUCCUAACAUGGCCACAGCGGCUGUCUCGCUUCUUCAGUUUUCUCGAAUUUCUCGCCGCUUCUCUUUCUUUCCUUUCCUCCGCCCUCCUCGCUCGUCCUCUAUUAGCCUUAGACGCAGCUGCAAACCUCGGUUAUGCUUCAGCUUCUUCCGCGCAGAUUCGCCGCGACAUUUUUCAGUCACUGCAUCGAGCUCUCCAGCCCCUGUAGAUUGGAAGAAUCAUGAUACAACAGGCGAUGAAACAUAUGAUGUAAUAGUAGUAGGAGGUGGACAUGCAGGCUGUGAAGCUGCUCUUGCUUCUGCUCGUUUAGGGGCAAAAACUCUUCUUCUAACAAUCAAUAUUGAUAGAAUCGCAUGGCAGCCCUGCAACCCAGCAGUUGGUGGACCUGCAAAGUCUCAGCUAGUGCAUGAAGUGGACGCAUUAGGUGGUGAAAUUGGAAAGAUGGCUGAUAGGUGUUAUCUACAAAAACGUGUUCUUAACAUCUCAAGAGGCCCUGCUGUUAGAGCAUUGCGUGCUCAAACAGAUAAAAGAGAAUAUGCAAUCGAGAUGAAAAAGAUUGUAGAAAGCACUCCAAACUUAUCCAUUAGGGAGGCAAUGGUGACAGAUCUUUUAAUGGGAACAAAUGAUGAUGUAAAAGUUUGGGUUGGAAGAACUUCAAUGGCUGCAGGAAGAGCUGGUGAAUCAGCUUCACAUGGUCUCACUGAACACUUACAAUCACUUGGAUUUGAAACUGAUCGAUUAAAAACCGGGACACCUGCAAGAGUUGACUCACGUACAGUUGACUUUUCUGUGUUGGAGCCUCAACAUGGUGAUGAAGAGGUGAAUUGGUUUAGUUUUGAUACUGAUUACCACAUUGAAAGGGAACAAAUGUGUUGUUAUCUUACACGUACAACAGAAGUGACACAUCAGCUUAUAAGAGAUAAUUUACAUGAGACUCCAACUUAUGGAGGAUGGGUUGAAGCAAAAGGACCUCGAUAUUGUCCCUCAAUUGAGGAUAAGAUUGUAAGAUUCCAAGAUAAGGAUUCCCAUCAAAUUUUUCUUGAACCAGAAGGUCGAAGUGUACCUGAUCUCUAUGUUCAGGGUUUUUCAACUGGAUUACCUGAAAGAUUACAGUUACCACUUUUGAGAACAUUACCAGGUUUAGAGAAAUGUUCCAUGUUGAGACCUGCAUAUGCUGUAGAAUAUGAUUACUUGCCAGCUCAUCAAUGUGCCAGGUCACUUAUGACAAAGAAAAUCCAAGGACUUUUUUUCUCAGGUCAAAUUAAUGGAACAACUGGUUAUGAAGAAGCUGCUGCUCAGGGAAUAAUAUCCGGAAUAAAUGCAGCUAGACAUUCAGAUGGAAAACCACUGAUUGUUCUUGAAAGAGAAAGCAGUUACAUAGGCACUUUAAUCGAUGAUCUUGUCACCAAAGAUCUUCGUGAGCCUUAUCGUAUGCUCACAAGUCGAUCAGAAUACAGAUUGAUUCUCAGAUCUGAUAAUGCUGAUAGCCGUUUGACUCCUUUAGGGCAUGAAAUUGGUUUAAUAGAUGAUAAAAGAUGGAAAUCUUAUCAAGGAAAACAAGCUCGGAUUUUAGAGGAGAAAAAAAGAUUAAAAACUGUUCGUGUCACAAGCGAAGAAUUAGCUGCUGAAGUCUCGUGUUUAUCUGGUCAACCGGUCAAAGAUCAUUCAACACUUGAAGGGCUUCUCAAAAAGCCACAUAUUGAAUACAAAGUGUUGGAAAAACAUGGUUUUGGAAAUAAUGAAUUAUCAAGAAUAGAAAAAGAAUGCAUUGAGAUUGAUAUUAAAUAUGAAGGCUUGAUUUCACGCCAACAUAGCCAAUUGCAACAGAUGGUUCACAGACAACAUAAACCCCUUCCAGCAGAUUUGGAUUAUAAUUCCAUGAACACUUUAUCACAUGAAGCACGUGAAAAACUCUCAAAGGUGAGGCCACAAACGAUUGGUCAAGCAAGUAGAGUAGGUGGGGUCAGCCCUGCUGACAUCACAGCACUUCUUAUCAUCAUGGAGUCUAAUCGUAGAAAAGCUCAAGAACUAAAAAAACACCAGAUCUUGGCUUCUGUUAUUUCUGGAGAUUCUACAUAAAUUCUAUUAUAAAAAUGAGUUAUUUCAUAAAUAUGAAUCGAAAAGUUUUCAACUUUGUGCAAGAGGGCAAGUUGGUAAUUUUGACAAGAAGUUCAUAGUGAAAUGUGAAUAUAAUGUAUAAUGUAGUUAUUUACUUUCAUCAAACAUUGCAGAUAUAUCGAGAUACUGUUUAUGUAGGAGAAUCAGAUGCAUUCAAAUAAGGGUUUCAGAC